AGGGCUUCAUCAAAUACCCUGGUUCUUCAUGGUCGACAUUUUGGUUGCACAGUCUUUGCACUGUGUAACUAUCCUGCUCUUCUGACUUUGGGCAUACUGCGCCUGGAAGAAUUACAGGACACUCUCAUUGAGGAUUAUCCUGCAGACAUUCGACGGGAACACAGGGUGUUCAUGGAGCUCAUUGAUUUGUACCCUGGUCUUCUAGAUCAUCUAACAAAUAGCGAGGAGGAGGAUGUCAUUCACGUGGGGGAAUUGAUGGGUAAAGGAGCCUCUGGUGCACGAGGCGAUGACACGAAGACCCUCAAAUCUGUGGUUCUUGAGUGGCUUGUGCUGAGAGGACAAGUAGUCAUACCGCCCCUCUCCAGAAACAUCAAGUCUGACCGUGGAUUCAAUCACGAGGUCACUGGUGCAUUGCUCUGUCCCGCAGGUCUUGACUCGUCGAAUGCAGAAACCAAACAGAGUCUCAAAAGCAGUGAAACUGCAGUCCGUGGUGACCAAUGGCCCAUGUUCUUGUAUGCUGGGUAUGUCUAUGAUUCUGACGAUCCGUGGAAGGGUUUACUGAGGAGCGAGAUCGUA